AUGGACGACAAUGCUCGUCGAACUCCCCCGUCUCACCAAAAACUCCCUUCGACCCUUGUGUCCCCUUCAAGACCGGCCAGGAAACCAAGAAAGAGCAGGGUACGGUUCUCCCUCGAGCCUCGAGAGGCAGGGACUGCUGCAUUCAAUGGAGGACAGUCCACACGGUCGUCGGCGAGCGCGGAGCCAGAAGCGUCAAAUCUACCGUGGGAUCAGCCCCGUUACACUCAGAAUGCGUACCCAUCGACCGCACUACCAGGACCCUCGGAUCCCCGUAUGCAGAAAGUCCGCUAUGCUCCAGAGUCUGCGAUUGUGUCACCCGGAAGCACGGGCAAUGCUCGACAACUGUACUCUGUUGCACCUAGCUAUGCUGACCAGACACAACCGCCAUAUGCCAUGACCGCCGGAUAUCCUGGCCAGCCUCAGCAGUCAUAUACUGUCGCAUAUGGACAUCCGGGCCAUGCAUCGUGUUCCAUGGACCCCAGACAUGCUAGCCAGCCUCAACAGCCCGAUACCAUGCAACUUGGAUAUGCCGCCCACACUCAACAAUCGUACACAACGGCAUCCCGAUAUCCUUCUCAGCCCCAGCAUCCAUACGACAGGCCUCAGGGAUAUGCAGGCCAGCCCCAGCAGUUGUAUGCCACACCACGCGGAGAUGUUGAUCAGGCCCAUCAGUCACAUCCACUGGCUCCCAGCUAUACUGGUCAGGGUCAGCAGCCAUACAGCAUGCCGUCCGGACAUCCUGCUCGGCCUCAACCGUCAUAUGCAAUGGCAUCCAGGUAUACCGACCAAGCUCAGCACUCGCACACCGUGCAAACUGGGUAUACUGACCAGGUCCCGCAGUUACAUGCCGUGGCACCCAGUUAUUCUGCCCAAGCACAGCAGUCACAUACCUUACCACCAGGAAGUCCCGGUUAUGCCCAGCAGUUGUACAGCUGGUCACCAGGACCCUCCAGCCAGGCUGAAUCUUAUAUCGCAACUCAAGGAAACCUCGGUCAUGUAGCCCUGCAGCCCUUUCCGACGACACCGACUCAUAGGGCACAAUGGACCCCUAUACCAGGAAGCCAGCCUCAGCCAUCUUUUGUGUCGGCGCCGCUUGCCUCGAGUUCUCCCUGGACGUCUUCGCCGAACAAUCACAUUCGAUCCCCUGGAAGUGAAACAAUGGCCGGUCCUUCAGCAAGCACACCGCCGCAGAGAAAACGGCCCGCCGAGGAUCCCAUCCCAGGAGGAAGCGGGGGUCCUCCUUCUGCCAAGAUGCAACACCAAGGCACGUGGCCGAGAGAGUCCCAGCGGGCUCCUCGCUCAAAUAGUCGUCUGGCGAAGUCGUGCUGGCGGGCAUUCCGGUCGUUCGAGAAGAAAGUUAAAGACUUGCACCAAGGCUACACUGACAAGCGAGACCGCGACAAAUGGGAACUCUUGGAUCGCGAAUUGGAGUUUAGGAGGCGCGAGCCAUCGAUGAGAGGCGAGUACCAGUGCGCGUUUGAUUCCGUCACAUACGAUCACGAAAGACAACGCAGGUAUUGGAAGGAGGAAUUGCGGACGAAUGAGCGACAAUGGAGAGAGAUUGUCCAGCACGAGGAUAGGAUCUGGCGGUCAUCCUAUGCUGAGCUAGACAGAAUCUGGGAUACCUGGGUCAAUGGCAACGCUCGAGACCAGGUGCGUCCACAGCUUGCGCAAUUUGUCCGUCAUCUGGACUCAGCGGUUCAACAGCUGGGCUCGAAAUCUGGGAGUCAAGCAGCGAUGUCCCAGCCCUUACAGCCGCCGGCAGCUCAGCCACCGCCACCUGGUCCGAGCAGGCACAGGAUUGACAGUGUCGUCGCCAACAUACCCUUCGGAUACAGCAUCGGCAAUGCCACCACCACCGCCACCGCGCCAUACGAAUACAGAAUCGACAAUGCCCUAUUCCCCUCGCUCAUCAACACCAGCCCCCUAUCCUUCCAAUGUAUCAUUAGCGUAUCCUCCGAAUGCAGCACCCGCCAUGCCACAACCAUCAGCGUACCCUACUGGCACAGCAUCGAAAGUACCACCACUAGCAUACCCAAUGCCCCAGCUGCCGCAGCGUUCUCCUCCGAGAACGGGAAUGCCAGGGCCACCGCGUCCUUCUCCUACAGCAACGGCGAUGGCCCCACCGCCACGCCCUUCUAA